AUGCCUCUCACUACACAUUUCACUCUGAACACUGGCGCGAAAAUUCCCGCCGUGGGAUUCGGCACUUGGCAGGCUGGUCCGCAUGAGGUAGAGCGUGCAGUCGAGACUGCGCUGCGCGCCGGAUAUCGCCAUAUUGACUGCGCUGCCAUCUACCGCAAUGAGGCCGAAGUUGGUGAAGGCAUUCGCAAGAGUGGCGUGCCGCGGUCUGAUAUCUUCAUCACCGGAAAGCUGUGGAACACCAAGCACAAGGCUGAAGAUGUGGAAUCCGGUGUUGAUAAGACGCUAAAGGAUUUGGGCACUGAUUACCUUGAUCUGUUUCUGAUGCACUGGCCAGUCGCAUUCAAGCCGUCAGACAAGUGGUUUCCCAUCGACUCCAACGGCGUCUUUGAGCUAGCUGACAUUGACCCGGCGGAAACGUGGGCUGCGAUGGAGAAGCUGGUUGAAAAGGGCAAAGUCCGCGCCAUCGGCGUCUCCAACUUCACCGUACAGCGUCUUGAAGACCUCUUGUCUAAAACCAAAACGGUUCCCGCCGUAAAUCAAGUGGAGGCGCACCCCUACCUGCAGCAGCCUAAGCUCUUGGAUUUCUGCCAAUCCAAGGGCAUCCAAUUGGCUGCCUACUCGCCGUUGGGUAACAACCAGACCGGUGAGCCGAGGACGGUGGAUGACCCUCUUGUUGGAGAGCUCAGCAAGAAGCUUGGCAUCGACGGAGGUCAGCUGCUAGCCUCCUGGGGUGUUCAGCGUGGUACCGUUGUCUUGCCCAAGAGCGUUACCCCUAGUCGGAUAGAGUCCAAUUUCAAGGUCCAGGAGCUGCCUGCGGACGCAUUUGCGCAGUUGAACGGCCUCGAGAGAAACAAGAGAUUCAACUGGCAGACGAGGUGGGGAUUUGACAUCUUCCAGGAGCUGGGAGAGGAGGAGGUCAAGCGUGUGGCGCAGGAGACGGGGCCGGAAAACCUUACAAAGUUCACCAUUUAA